UCCAAAGAUGGGCCAUGCUAACCCUAAAAUGUCUAGGUGAGGCAAAAUGGACCAAGCCCACAAUCUUCGCUUCUGGUUUGUGUUGUGUUUGCAUUUGUGAGACACAAACAUCAUCGUCUCCGCCGUAGGCGCUAGCUAGGGCUGCUCCAAUGGAGGAUACCCAAGAAAUUAAGGAGCAGGCUCAUGAAGAAGUGAUUUCAGACAAAACAUCUGAGACGAAGCCGGAGACUCGUGAUGAAAUUCUCUCCCGUCAUAGGAAAGAGAUAUCACAGCUGCAGAAAAAGGAAGUUGAGAUGAAAAAGGCUGCAGCUAGAGGUAGCAAGGCUGAGCAGAAAGCUAAGAAGAAGCAAGUGGAGGAAGAGGUUUCUCAACUUUCUACUAAGCUGAAGGAGAAUCAUGCCAUGGAAUUGGCUGCAUUAGGCUAUAGCAGCGGUAAUGGGAAUGAAAACAGCAAUUUGGACACUUUGGUUAAGGCCAUUGCUGGAGUAUCUGUUGCUAGUCAACCUGAACAUACAAAAGUCAGCAAGGCCAAACAGAGGCGAGACAAAAGAGCUCAACAAGAAGCAGAAAGGGAACAGAGAAUCCAAGCAGAGCAGACUGACAUUGUAAGCGAUCGAAUGAUUGAAAACGAGAAGUUGGAAAGGAAGUUGAAGCCUCUAGGUUUGACUGUUUGUGAAAUAAAGCCUGAUGGGCACUGCCUCUAUAGAGCUGUUGAAGAUCAGCUGGCUGUCCUCUCUGGUGGUACAUCACUUUAUACAUACCAAGAACUUCGGGAAAUGGUGGCUGCUUACAUGAGAAAGCAUACAUCUGAUUUCCUUCCAUUUUUCCUGUCAGAGAAUUUAAUUGAGGAUGAUUCUAAUGAAUCACUUGCUGAGAAGUUUGAAAAUUACUGUAAAGAAGUGGAGUCCACAGCUAUAUGGGGAGGGCAACUAGAGCUUGGUGCCUUGACUCACUGCUUGAAGAAGCAUAUUAUGAUAUUUUCAGGAUCCUUCCCCGAUGUGGAGAUGGGCAAAGAGUAUAAAUCUGAUGGUGGCACUGGCUUGUCUAAUUCGAGUAUCAUGCUUUCUUAUCAUAAGCAUGCUUUUGGGCUAGGAGAGCAUUAUAAUUCUGUGGUCCCAACAUGAUCAAAUGGGGCAUAUAAUAUAAUCAUACGGAUGCUUGUUUAUCAUGUUGCCUUGUAUCAUUUUUCUUUACAGUCAGGCAUUUGGCUUUAGGUCUCUUGAAACCCUAGUUGUGAUUUUGAAAUGGCUAUAACUGUACAUUUCACAACUGUAAUUCAUAUUUUCUGGACGAUUAUUUAUGUUGAUGAUCAUGUAAAUGAUCUGCGGCAUCU